UUCUAACGGCGCAAGGUUUGCUGGGAGGUCAAAGGUCAAAUUGAGGAAGAGCAGGAGGAGGAAACGGCGGCAUAGAUUGAUACGACGGGAGGAAAGAUGGCGUCCACGGCGGCUGGGAAGCAGCGAAUUCCCAAAGUGGCAAAGGUGAAAAAUAAAGCUCCAGCAGAAGUACAGAUAACAGCAGAACAACUGUUAAGAGAAGCAAAGGAAAGAGAACUCGAGCUUCUUCCCCCACCUCCUCAACAGAAAAUCACAGAUGAAGAGGAGUUAAAUGAUUACAAGCUUCGGAAAAGAAAGACUUUUGAAGAUAACAUCAGGAAAAACCGGACUGUUAUCAGUAAUUGGAUCAAAUACGCACAAUGGGAAGAAAGCCUCAAAGAAAUACAAAGGGCUCGUUCCAUCUACGAGCGGGCUCUGGAUGUGGACUACCGAAAUGUAACUCUUUGGCUGAAAUAUGCCGAAAUGGAAAUGAAGAAUCGUCAGGUUAAUCAUGCGCGAAAUAUCUGGGAUCGGGCUAUCACUACUUUACCAAGAGUUAAUCAGUUCUGGUACAAGUAUACUUACAUGGAAGAGAUGCUGGGGAAUGUUGCUGGGGCUCGCCAAGUGUUUGAGCGUUGGAUGGAAUGGCAACCAGAGGAACAGUCAUGGCAUUCCUACAUUAACUUUGAGCUAAGAUAUAAAGAAGUGGAUAGAGCACGUUCCAUUUAUGAGAGAUUUGUCAUGGUCCAUCCCGAUGUUAAGAAUUGGAUCAAAUAUGCUCGUUUUGAAGAAAAACAUAGUUAUUUUGCACAUGCAAGAAAAGUAUUUGAAAGAGCGGUGGAAUUUUUUGGAGAAGAACAUAUGAAUGAACAUUUGUAUGUUGCAUUUGCCAAAUUUGAAGAGAACCAGAAAGAGUUUGAACGGGUGCGAGUAAUAUACAAAUAUGCCCUGGACAGAAUUCCAAAACAUGAAGCACAAGAGCUCUUCAAAAAUUACACAAUUUUUGAGAAGAAAUUUGGGGACCGAAGGGGAAUUGAGGAUAUUAUUGUUAGCAAGAGGAGAUUCCAAUAUGAAGAAGAAGUAAAAGCUAAUCCACAUAAUUAUGAUGCUUGGUUUGAUUAUCUGCGUCUGGUGGAAAGUGAUGCAGAUUCUGAUACAAUACGUGAAGUUUAUGAAAGAGCCAUUGCCAAUGUUCCUCCAAUUCAAGAAAAGCGACACUGGAAGAGAUACAUCUAUUUGUGGAUCAAUUAUGCACUCUAUGAAGAGCUAGAGGCAAAGGAUCCAGAGAGAACAAGACAGGUGUAUCAAGCAUGUAUUGAACUCAUUCCUCACAAAAAGUUUACAUUUGCCAAAAUAUGGUUGCUCUGUGCACAGUUUGAAAUCAGGCAGAAGAAUCUCAAUCUUGCCAGGCGAGCAUUGGGGACAUCUAUAGGCAAAUGUCCAAAGAACAAGCUAUUUAAAGGCUACAUUGAACUGGAGCUACAACUGCGAGAGUUUGAUCGUUGUCGGAAACUGUAUGAGAAGUUUUUAGAGUUUACACCUGAAAACUGCACAUCAUGGAUCAAAUUUGCUGAAUUAGAAACUAUUCUUGGUGACAUUGACCGAGCUAGAGCUAUAUAUGAACUAGCCAUUGGCCAACCUCGAUUGGAUAUGCCAGAGGUACUUUGGAAAUCUUACAUAGACUUCGAAAUUGAACAAGAAGAAUAUGAAAAUACAAGAAAUUUGUAUAGGAGGUUGCUUCAGCGAACACAGCAUGUUAAGGUAUGGAUCAGUUUUGCUCAAUUUGAACUCUCAGCAGAUAAAAAUAACAAUUUACCACGAUGCCGGCAAAUAUAUGAAGAGGCAAAUAAAACAAUGAGAAAUUGUGAGGAGAAAGAAGAGAGGCUUAUGCUUUUAGAAUCCUGGAAAAAUUUUGAAGAGGAGUUUGGAACAGAAUCUAGCAGAGAACGAGUAGACAAACUCAUGCCUGAAAAAGUCAAAAAGCGGAGAAAACUUCAGGCUGAAGAUGGGUCUGAUGCCGGCUGGGAAGAAUAUUAUGAUUAUAUCUUCCCAGAAGAUGCUGCCAAUCAACCCAACCUCAAACUGCUUGCAAUGGCUAAACUCUGGAAGAAGCAGCAACAGGAUGAAAAUCCAGAGAGAGAUCCAGACAAGGAUAUUGAUGAAAGCAGUCCCUAACAAUGUCUUUGAUUUCUUCUCCUUUAUAUUGUACAGAUUUUGCUAAUAAACUAUUUUACAAAAAAAUUGCUAAUGCUUGAGGUGAAAGAGGCAUGUUUUUAACAUAAGCAUUUAAAAACUAAUGUAUAUAGUUGUGAUUUACUCAUAAUAUUGUAGAGCAGAAAAAUCAGCAACAAGGAGUAACUGCCCUUUGAAAAAAGAUAAAACAGAUCUCAAGAUCUUUAGCGUAGAAGAAAGACAAAUGAAAUGACAUUAUGUGCAUUAAAUUGAUAGAGUGAACAAGGAUUUUUUUUCCAUUCUCAUAUUUCUAGAAUCUGGGAUCAUUCACUGAAUAGCUAGAGGUUUGGGGCCAAUCACAAAUAUCUCAGCAGGCAAUUUUACAAGAUUAUAUUCUGCCUCAAAAUUCAAACAUUAGAGUAAGGGAUAUAAUCAGGUAAUUGCAGCACAGCGCAAAUCAAAUAAGCUAUUACCACUAUUAACUUCAAAGGAUGAGGGAAUAAGAUGUUCAGAGUCUAUCAGAGAUUUUAGAUCCUGACUAAGGGUGGCUUAUAAAUAAUAGCACAUCUGAAGCUGUUAAUAGCACAACUUAUCACAGAAGCAAGCUUUUGUCCAAGAAAUUCAUGACCUUCAGCCAAGCACUGCUACUAGUACUACAGUACUUUCUUGGAAAUGUGCUUGUUUACCUACUUCAAAUAAUAACCUACUUUUGAGUAGUGUAGUUUUUCUAAAGUGUUCUGACAGCUAUCUGGUAUUCUAUAGUCUCCACUUUCAUAUUUAGCUUGGAAGCAGCAGUGCUGUUAUGGAUCUACUGGCUAUGCUUCCCUUUCACAGUCAGAAGAAACUGAUUCAUACAAGACCUUUGGGCCCUUAAAAUUAGUCAAGUUCUUCUUUUUGUUCCUCUAUUGCUUCCUUGCAAAAUAAGCUUUCUGGGGAAGCCAUUAUGUCAUUCUUUGCUCCCUAUUCCAACUAUCCAGGAUGUUCCUAAUGCACAUCUUCCUUCUCGUGGGCAUUCAAGAGGCAGUAAAUAAAAAAUGUAGCUCAUAUUGUGAUACAAAUUCUGUCCUCACGUACUUGUAUUCUUGGGCAGGUACAAAAGUGUGAAGCUUGUGUCAUGAUAUUUAUUUGGGA